GCUGGAGAGCUGGCAGUACGAGGAAUGGGGGUCCCAGGUGACGGUCGUCUCCAGUGACAUGCGCGAGUGGGAGGCCCCCGAGAAAGCGGAUCUGAUGGUGUCAGAACUGCUGGGCUCCUUCGCCGACAACGAGCUGUCCCCAGAGUGUCUGGAUGGGGCGGAACAUUGCCUGAAAGAGGGAGGGGUGAGCAUCCCCCACCAUUACACCUCCUUCUUGGGUCCCAUCUCGUCCUCAAAGCUCUACAACGAAGUUCGGGCCUGUCGUGAGAAGGAUCGCGAUCCGGAGGCUCAAUUUGAAAUGCCCUAUGUUGUUCGUCUUCACAACUUCCACCAGCUGGCGCCUCCGAAAGCCUGCUUCUCCUUCAAACACCCCAAUCCAGACCCUCUCAAGGACAACAACCGUUACCAAACGCUGGAAUUCCAGGUGGACGUGAAUACGGUGCUUCACGGCUUCGCCGGCUACUUUGAGACCACGCUCUACGGGGACAUCACACUCAGUAUUCGGCCUGAGACUCAUUCGCCUGGCAUGUUUUCAUGGUUCCCUAUUUUUUUCCCCAUUAAGCAACCCAUGAGCGUGCAGGCGGGCGAGAAGAUCCGAGUGGCCUUCUGGCGUUGCAGCAACUCUAAGAAAGUGUGGUAUGAGUGGGCUGUGGUUUCCCCGAUGUGUUCGGUCAUCCACAAUCCCACAGGACGUUCCUACACCAUUGGACUGUGAGCAGGAGUUUCCUCGGUUCCCCCCCGACGCUCCGUCCCCGAGACGCGAGGAAGUUUCUUCCGCGUUGCCCUCGGACAAGAGAAGAGACUUGGUUUUUCUACGCAGAGUCACAAGAUCUUCAACAUUUGCUGGGUGCAGGUUGGGGCAAAGUCUUUGGCUUUUGCUGUUUCUACCUGCCUCGAUCAUGUUUUUCGGUCAGUGAAAUUUCAAUAAAAUUGCUGAAAUGUGUCUCGGU